GCGGUCGAGCGCUCUUUUCUCGGGACGGUGGAGGCCGUGCAGCGUCACCGUUACUCUGAGCAAAGAACUGUGGGCAGAGGAAGUCGGGGUUAGGAUUGGGAGACAUACACUUUGCUGUGCUCAAAUCGAAGUCAAGGGUGCAAACAUGCAGAGCAAUAAAACCUUUAACUUGGAGAAGCAGAACCAUACUCCAAGGAAGCACCAUCAACAUCACCAGCAGCAGCAGCAGCAGCAGCAGCAGCAGCAGCAGCAGCAGCAGCAGCAGCAGCAGCAGCAACCACCCCCACCAAUACCUGCAAAUGGACAGCAGGCCAGCAGCCAGAAUGAAGGUUUAACCAUUGACCUGAAGAACUUUAGGAAACCAGGGAAGAAGACUUUCACCCAACGAAGCCGUCUCUUUGUGGGCAAUCUUCCUCCUGACAUUACUGAGGAGGAAAUGAGGAAGCUUUUUGAGAAAUAUGGGAAAGCAGGCGAGGUUUUCAUUCAUAAGGAUAAAGGCUUUGGCUUUAUUCGCUUGGAAACACGAACCCUAGCGGAAAUUGCCAAAGUGGAGUUGGAUAAUAUGCCACUCCGUGGAAAGCAGCUACGUGUGCGCUUUGCCUGUCAUAGUGCAUCUCUUACAGUCCGCAACCUUCCUCAGUAUGUGUCCAACGAACUGCUGGAAGAAGCCUUUUCUGUGUUUGGCCAGGUGGAGAGGGCUGUGGUCAUUGUAGAUGACCGAGGAAGGCCCUCAGGGAAAGGCAUUGUUGAGUUCUCAGGGAAGCCAGCUGCUCGGAAAGCUCUGGACAGAUGCAGUGAAGGCUCCUUCUUGCUAACCACAUUUCCUCGGCCUGUGACUGUGGAACCUAUGGACCAGUUAGAUGAUGAGGAGGGACUUCCAGAGAAGCUGGUUAUAAAAAACCAGCAAUUUCACAAGGAGCGAGAACAGCCACCCAGAUUUGCACAGCCAGGGUCCUUUGAGUAUGAGCAUGCCAUGCGCUGGAAGGCACUCAUUGAGAUGGAGAAGCAACAGCAGGAUCAAGUGGACCGCAACACCAAGGAGGCUCGUGAGAAGCUGGAGAUGGAGAUGGAGGCAGCACGCCGUGAGCACCAGGUUAUGCUAAUGAGGCAGGAUUUGAUGAGGCGUCAAGAAGAGCUUCGGAGAAUGGAGGAGCUGCAUAACCAAGAAGUUCAGAAACGAAAGCAGCUAGAGCUCAGGCAGGAGGAGGAACGCAGGCGCCGUGAGGAAGAAAUGUGGCGGCAACAAGAAGAAAUGAUGCGGCGACAGCAGGAAGGAUUCAAGGGAACCUUCCCUGAUGCGAGAGAACACGAGAUACGGAUGGGCCAAAUGGCUAUGGGAGGUGCUAUGGGCAUAAACAAUAGAGGUGCCAUGCCCCCUGCUCCUGUGCCAACUGGGACCCCAGCUCCUCCAGGACCUGCCACUAUGAUGCCAGAUGGAACUUUGGGAUUGACCCCACCAACAACUGAACGUUUCGGCCAAGCUGCUACAAUGGAAGGAAUUGGAGCAAUUGGUGGAAAUCCUCCUGCUUUCAACCGUCCAGCUCCUGGAGCUGAAUUUGCUCCAAAUAAACGCCGCCGAUACUAAAUAAAAGUUGCAGCGUCUAGUUUCCCGCAA